UAUAUUCGGUACAUUUGAAAUGGUAAGAUGUCAAUUUGUCAGCUUGUUAGUCAAGAAGAAACGCACAAACCCAUUCUGCUGCCUCACCUUGAGUCAGUUAUCCUGGGUCGUGGGCCGCAAACCACAAUUAAAGACAAAAAAUGCUCCAGGGAACAAGUUGAAUUGAAAGCAGACUGCAGCAAAGGUUUUGUGAAAGUUAAACAGCUGGGUGCAAACCCCACCUCUGUAGACUCUGUGGUUGUGGGUCAUGGGAAAGAGGUCAAACUGAUGCCAGGCCAGUUACUCCACAUUGUCAAUGACUUGUACCCAUACACUGUACAGUUCAAGGAAGAUCCUGGUAGUUGUAAAAGACCAUUAGAUGUUUCCUCAAAGGAUGAAGAAGGCUGUCCUGAGGCUCCCAGUCUAAAAGCGGCCAAAAAACACGAACACCUGCCUGAGUCUGUCAGAGCUGAAGAGUCAAGGGAGAUCAAUCAAAGUGUUGCACAUUGGAGCCAAGGGCUAAAGGCUUCGAUGCAAGACCCUAAUAUGCAGGUGUUUAAGGAUGAUAAAGUAGUUGUAAUCAAGGACAAAUACCCCAAAGCACGUUACCAUUGGCUGGUUCUCCCAUGGAUAUCCAUCCCCAGCCUGAAGGCCCUGCGGGAUGAGCACUGCAGCCUGCUCAAGCACAUGCAGAAAGUAGCUGACCAUAUGGUUCAACAGUGUCCGCAUGCAAGUGCCUUGGACUUUCGCAGUGGCUACCAUGCCAUCCCAAGUAUGAGUCAUGUGCACCUCCACGUGAUCAGCCAAGACUUUGAUUCUCCUUGCCUUAAGAACAAAAAGCACUGGAACUCAUUCACAACAGACUAUUUCAUCGAGUCUCAAGAUGUCAUCCAUAUGCUUGAAACGGAUGGAAAGGUCACAGUAAAAGAAGGCACCAGUGAGUUGUUGAAGCUGCCUCUGUGUUGCCACUUGUGUCGCAAAGAACUUCCCACGAUACCAGCUCUGAAACAGCAUCUCAAGUCCCAUUUCUUGGCUAAGAAUAGAACCUCAAAUGCAUCAUAGUACCUCAGAUGUUUAUCACUUCUUUGUGGGACAUCUGGGAUUGGCCGGUGAGCAAUCCCCGUGCCUUUUAGCCAAAGUUAGAUGGUGUUAUAGGCACCAUUGGUAACGUGCUUCUUUUU